AUGGACGUGCACACUGUGUUCCCUGCUGGCACGGCCGCAGCUUUUGUCACCACUCUCGUUCUUCUGCGGUGGGCUGUGCAGUCAGCAGCACCGACUACAAGCGCGGACGAGAGGCGGUUCAAGGCGUUCAAAUGUGUACGGGUAUGCACAUAUGCAGCCUUGGCCGCGCUGCAGGCCACGCUGAUCGUGGCGCGGCAGUUCCAGCACUGGCCGACGCUCUCGGCGGUCGAUGCCGAUGGCGCGUGUGUGCUGCUGCUUUACUCCUUCACCCUGGUCGUGCUGGCCUGCUGCUGGAGCACCCAGCUGGGGCUGCGGCUCAGCGGCGUGCUGCUGAUGACGAUGGCGCAGGUCGGGCUGCUGCUGGCGCAGGACGCGGCGGGCGCGCCGGGCGCGGGGGACGAGCUGUUUGAUGGGGAGCACAUCGCGCGCGUCAGCCUGCACGGGCUGCAGCUGGUGAUGCUGCUCGCCCUGCUGGUCUGCGAGGUGGUCGUGCAGCAGCACCAGCUGCUGGCGCGCUCCUCAUACGACGGCCACUACGAGCCGCUGCUGGACGCAGAGGAGGCCGCCGCAGGGUCCCGAGGCAAGCGCUGGCGGCCCGGCGACGGCCGCUGGCAGAUGGCGCUCGGCGCGUUCCGCUACGUCUGGCCCCCCACCGGCCUGCUGCGCGCGCGGCUGCUCGGCUGCUUCGCGCUCGUCAUGGCGGAGCGCGCGAUCAACCUGGCCGUCCCCAUCCUAUUCAAAAACAUGGUGGAGGCGCUGUCCACGCCCGAGACCGCCGCCGACGCCGCGUCCUCCCCCCUCGCCCGCCUCGUCGCCGCCGCCUCGCGAGUCGCCGGGUUCAGCGGCCGCGAGGAGGCCGGGCCGGCCGCCGCCGGCGGUGUUGGCGGCGGCGAUGGCGGUGACAAAUGGGGUGCGUUGGUGGAAGCGGGCGGCACGUCUUUCUGGGGGCUGUUCUACCCCUGGGCGUUCUACUACCUGGGGACGCAGUUCCUGAGGGGCGGCGCCGGGG